AUGGAUGUUAAGCUUGGUUUUUGUGUACUUGUCUCCCUAAUUCUGCUGGUUGCUUAUGGAACAGGAGCUAGAAAAAUUGUUGAAGGAAAUUCUGAUGACAAUCAUGAGCAAGCAUUAAAAGAGAUUUACGGUUCCGAAUACACGUUCGAUUAUUAUAAAUCGAAACAGGGAGUUGAUGACAAUCAUCAACAAGAGAUUUCAUGUUUAGGGGACAUGUUUCGUAGUUGGUAUAAACAGGGGAAUGAUGAGAAGGAGAUUUCCGAUUUAGGAAACAUCUUUCGUAGUUCGUAUAAACAGGGAAAUGAUGAGAAGGAGAUUUCCGAUUUAGGAAACAUCUUUCGUAGUUCGUAUAAACAGGGAAAUGAUGAGAAGGAGAUUUCCGAUUUAGGAAACAUCUUUCGUAGUUCGUAUAGACAGGGAAAUGAUGAGAAGGAGAUUUCCGAUUUAGGAAACAUCUUUCGUAGUUCGUAUAAACAGGGAAAUGAUGAGAAUGAGAUUUCCGAUUUAGGAAACAUCUUUCGUAGUUCAUAUAAGCAGGGCAAUGAUGAGAAAGAGAUUUCCAAUUUAGGAAACAUCUUUCGUAGUUCGUAUAAACAGGGCAACGAUAAGCAUGUGAAAAAACAUGAUUCAUUUUUCUUCCUUAUGGAUGAUCUAAAAAUAGGGAAAAUAGUGACUCUCUCCUUUCAAACACGAAGAAAUCUAACUUAUUUUCCGAAAAAAACAGUUGAUUCCAUUCCAUUUUCGCAAGUUAAAUCCAUGGAAAAUACAUUGAGAAUAUGCGAAGAUUCGCCUGUAAAAGGAGAGGCAAAGUACUGUGCCACAUCCGCGGAGGCAAUGCUGCAUUUUGUGCAAGAAAUCAUGGGAGAAAAUACCCAAAUCAAAGCUCUGACAACGAUAACAACUCAUGAUAUUUCUCCCCUGCUUCGUCGUUAUACAAUUUUAGACACUCCACAACAAAUUACCACUCCUAAAAUGGUGGCGUGUCAUCUAUUGUCUAGCCCUUACGCGGUUUUCUACUGUCAUCACACAAUUGACAAUAAAAUCAAGGUGUUCAAGGUUUCAUUAGGGAUAAUUAAUGAAGCAAAUGGUGAUCGACUAGUGGAAGCGAUGGUUGUAUGUCAUUUGGAUACUUCUGAAUGGAAUCCAUCUCAUGAAUCUUUCCGUUCGCUCGGUGUAUUACCAGGAACAUCACCUAUCUGUCACUUUUUCACAUCAAGUAAUGAUCUAGUGUGGAUUCCAAAAUCAGUUGCCACUACUCCACUUGUAGCAGCGCUUUGA